CAAUUUUAUUUGCUCAGGCCUAAUCAUCAUCAUCAUUAUUAUUAUUUAUAUACACUCCUGUCUAUGCAGUCGUCCACUAGAUUUUAUAUGCCUUGAAUCUGGAGGCACUGACAUUGAGAUAUCUGAGUCUUAUAGUGGUAUUGGAAGGGCAUGGACUGGUUUUCUUGGCUUUCAAAAACAGGCCUUGAGCCAUCCCUGGUUUACGAGUACGGCCUUUCAUUUUCCCACAACGAGCUUGAAGAAGAAGACAUAGUAUACUUGGACCAUGAGUUUCUCCAAAGCAUGGGCAUAUCAAUAGCUAAACACAGGCUGGAAAUUCUCAAGCUUGCAGGGAAAACCAAAGGAAAUCAGACGAGUGGUUGGAGACCAGUAGUGCGGAGCCUCAUGUCGGCAAUCAAGAGAACAAAAAGGAGCUUAUCAAAGUACAUGGGGGCAAUGGUGGAGAGAGAAGCGUCGGCUCUUGUUAUUGUUAAUCGAAGGAAUAAAUGGAAAGGUGGCGCAAUGUUGAAGAGAAAGAAGAGGGUGGGGAUGGGUGCAGAAGGGCGGCUGCUGCUCACCAAUGGGACUCAUCUUCCACCAAUCACAAUGGUGCUAAAGUACCAGAAGAAAGAGAAAAGGGAAAAGGGAAGUUGGUUAGAUGGUGCUGAAGAGAUGAAGUGGGAUGCAUUGUUCCAGGAUUUGAAACCAACUUGAUCAAAUAACUUGGUUUAUUCAUCAAUUACGAUGACAAAUAUUAGUGGUAAAUAUGGUUGUUCCUUAAUUUCAUAAACAUUUCUCAUGAUCCCAUGCACAAUCUGAAUGGUGAGAGAUGAGUUUUUUUAGUUUCGUUCCACCACUUUUUACUUUUUUUUCUUAUUUUUUUCUUUUGCGUUUACAACAUAGGAGGAUUGGCAUUUUUAAUAUUUACUGGUAGAACUUGUGAAAGCCAGGCUUUGGCUGCACAUCCAAAGAAGCCGAGCCUCUUUCAGUAUAAAACUGUCUCCUCCGCCUUUUUUAUUUAUUUAUUUAAUUAUUAUAAAUGUCUUAAUGAUCAUUUUUCAUUUUUCUUAAGGAAAUAAAGAAAAAGAACAGACGAGGAAAGGCUAUAAAAGAACUAUUUUUCAGUUGUGCAAUUGGAAAUUUGCAUUGCAAAGUAGAAAGUUGUGUAUUAUUAUUAUAAAAUUAAAAUGAUUGUUUAUGGGGUGAAAAAAAAAGUAUUAACCCCAGUCUUGUACUAGAAUAAAUAAAUCCGAGAAAUGUACAAGGAAA